AAAUAAAUACUACAAUUAGGUAUUACUGAAAAUAUGAGUGAAACUGAAGGAAAAAAGAGUAAAGUGUCUAUGUUACACAUCAAGAGUCACUCUGGAGUGAGGUCGCAGAUGGGGCUGACUCACAAAUCAGCGAGUAGACUAAAAGUUCGAAGGCAAUCGUACGGAUUUUCUGGAGUCCCUGGAAUAAGGCCCGUAGAACGAACAUCACAGGUAGCGAUUGAAUUUAAACGUCCACCAUUGUCUUAUCUACCUACGUAUCAAUUAGAGCCAUCUUAUCCGUUUCACAUUCCCACCGUGACGAAAAUAUCGGACGAACUACUGGAUGAACAUUUCACAGGACAUAAAUAUAAUUUACAGGAAUCACCGGCAUUAGCUCUCCGCUUAGCAGGUGAACUUAUGCGUAAGAUAAAGGCUCUACAGUUUUCACGCUACCGUGUCAUUACGGUUGUCAGUAUUGGUCAGAAAAGGGCGCAAUGCUACAACAACGCCAUUUCCUUUUUGUGGGACCACGAGAGGGAUAACUAUGUAAAUUUACAGAGGGAAGUCAAUUCUGCAUUUAUUCAAGUAACGGUUUUUGGAGUGUAUUUAGAUUAA